AUGGAAAUGUCAGGAAGACAAAUUAGUGGUGUCGGUUUGAUGGUGGCUUAUCCUUACAAUGAUACUUGUAGGACUAGGCUAGUUGCACCAAUUUGGAAUUUAGGGGACUUUUGGAAGGAUACAAUUGUAGAACAAAACAGGGGAGGACUCAGAGCUUGA